ACUGAGGCAAAACGUCUUGCCACAGAUGAAAAACUUCGCCAGUCUAAGGAAUUCCAAGAUGCAUUGGAGGUUUUAAGUUCCAACAAAGAUUUAUUCCUGAAGUUUCUGCAAGAACCAAAUUCUCUAUUCUGUCAGCAUCAAUAUGAAUUACAGUCUAUUCCUCCACUUCCCCAGACAAACCGAAUCACAGUAUUGAAGCCUUCAAAGACCGUGGAAAAUAACAGAUUUGUUGGGGCAGAGAAGCAUGAAAGACAGGCAAGGAAACAAACUCAGGUAGCUGAAGCAAGUGGGUGGGACAAAGACAGGCCCAGCUGGAGUUCUGUCUUUGGCAAUCAGAAGGAUGAUAGUUCUGCUCAACCAAUGCGGAUAGUGGUCUUAAAGCCUAGCCCUGGAAAUGCUUAUGAUGUUAGAACUCUUGGUUCUUCGCCUCCUUCUUCACCAAGGGCGCCAAGUAAUAAAGGCUACUAUGGGGAACUCGAAGAUGAUGAGGCACAAGGAUCAAGAGAGGUAGCGAAGGAGAUCACGCAACAGAUGCAUGAAAGUUUGAGUGGUCACCAUAGGAAUGAAACUUUCCUGUCCUCCCUCUUUUCCAAUGGUUAUGUAUGGGAUGAAAGCUCUUUGAAUAGAUCAGAAAAUGGGUAUGUAGAGGAGGGAAAUCUCAGUGAUUCUGAGGUAAUGACACCAACUUCAAGACAUUCAUGGGACUAUAUCAACAGGUUUGGUAGUCCAUACUCGUCAUCUUCCUUCAGCCGUGCAUCCUAUUCUCCAGAGUCAUCUGUCUGCAGGGAGGCAAAGAAGCGCCUUUCAGAAAGAUGGACCUUGAUGGCAUCAAAUGGAAGCGGUCCAGAGCAGAGACAAGUCCGGAGGAGCUCUAGUACAUUGGGGGAGAUGCUUGCUCUUUCUGUUACAAAGACUGCAACAUCUGGUGAAGAAGAUUGUGAUGGAAGCCAAAAUGUCUUGAGUAGUAGGUCCUGUGGUGGUGAACAAGAUAUGAUGGCACCAACAUCAGGUGGGUCAUCUAGUAGGAACGAGGAUGAAAGUGGAGAGGUUUCUCUGAGGAAUCUAGCGAGAUCGAGAUCUGUCCCAGUGUCUUCCACGGUUCAUGGGACCAGAUUGAAUGUUGAAGCUCCAGAUCCAAAGGUGGAUAAAUCCAUUGUUCCUAAUAAAGAGGAAACAAAGUCCAAGAGUGGGAAAUCAUCAUUAAGGGGCAAAGUUUCAAGUUUAUUUUUCUCAAGGAGUAAGAAAACAAGUGAAGGAAAAUCUAGCACAUGUUCUGUGGCUGGCUCUCAAGAUGAAUCUCCAAACACUACUUCUGAAGUUCCAUUGGCUUUGAAUCCACUUUCUCUCCAAAAGACAAGUGAUAAUGUAACUUCUUGUGUUACUGAUUAUGUCCCCGAAGGGGACCUGUCAAGCAAGAGUUCCUCUCCAGCAAUCUGUGUUGGAACAAAACAAGGCACUUUCUCGAAUGAGGCAUUGCUAUCUGUAACAAAACCCAGCAUGCCAGUAGAAAACCAGGACCAACCUAGCCCCAUUUCAGUCUUGGAAGCACCGUUUGAUGAUGAUGUUAGCACCACCCCACAGCCCUCCGGACAUGUGUUGUCGGACCACCACGGACAACCUGUGCACCAUCAACCUCUUAAAUCCAGCUUAAUUGACAAAUCUCCACCGAUAGAAUCAAUCGCACGGACAUUAUCAGGGGAUGGCGCAUGCUUAUUAUCAACAGCAUCUAAUCUAUUAAACCCCUCUAGAUUUUCCCUGAAAGCCACUGAGGAAGAAGAAGAACAACUUUUAUUUGUCCACGCAUUACUCUCAGCUGCAGGUCUGAACCAUGACGAGCAGUCAGGGGCAGUCUUUGCUAGGUGGCAUUCGCCUGAUAAGCCAUUAGAUCCAUCAUUGGUGGACAAAAUAUGCAAGUUGAAAGAUGAGAAGGCACGGUUGCAUGAAUCAAAGCGUAGAUCAAAUCAAAGUCUUCUUUUUGAUUGUGUCAAUGCAGCUCUGGUGGAUAUCAUGGGAUAUGGAUCAGAUGUAAGCUCUUGGGGAAAGGCAUCGUCUAAAAAGACACAUUCCGUAGGCUCACCAGUGACUGUAGAUGAAGUAUGGGGUCGUGUGAGGGAGUUGUUCUCCAAGGAGGCAAGGUGUUUUUCAGGUGAGAAUGGGGAGAACAACAGCCUGGUAGUGGAGACAAUGGUAAGGAAGGAGGUGGUAGGGAAGGGCUGGGAGGAGCUUAUGUGGUUGGAAUUGGAUGCUUUAGGGAAAGAAAUUGAAGGUGAGUUGCUGGAGAAACUGGUGGAUGAGGCGCUUGUUGAAUUAACAGGUUGUUUAUGAUUAGGCAUUUUUUUUUUCUUUUUCUGAGUGAUUGUUCACCAUGUUGAUUUGUUCUCACUUCUCACCAACUUUGAUUUCUUUAAUGCAACAACCAAGCAUUUGAUUAUGUUGGCUAUGAUUAGCCAUUUGUGAUUAUUGCAAAGUUGAAUUAGUUGGAGGAGAAACUGCUGACCUUUAUUUCAAGAUGAUUGAAGAGGGAAAGCAUUGUCGAGCUGUUCAACUAGUUCAUUCAUACUUCUCUUUUCUUGCUUCUUUUGCACUUCCAAUGUAUCUCUUAUGGGUUUUGUCAACAAGAUCCAGAGCUUAAUGUAUUAUGAGUUUUCGAUUU